UUCAUUUAAUAAAGAUCUUACAUUCUAUAUUGUUUUAAGAAAAAAUUAAAAAAAAAUAUUUAAAAAAAAAAAACGCGUUCGUAAUGGUGUUAUUAAUUAUAAUAAUUAAAUUACUAUUUUAUAUUGGAAUUACUGAAGUCAAAGCUAUAACUGAAUACAAUGUUACAAGUGAUUUUCGAGGGGUUUUUCCACAUGUUAUUGAUGAAAAAGGAAAUUAUUAUAAGAUUGAAAAGAAUUCAAAACAUUCAAUUGACAUAACACAUCAUUUUAAUCGUGGUGAAUUUCUUCAUUCAUUUGAAUGUACAUUCCGUUUGGAUCCAGCAUAUGUCAGUAGAGAUACAAAUUUCUUUUUAAUACAUUUAUAUAAUUCAAGAAAAACUCUUCAUUUAUCAAUAAAUUUGAAUCUUGAUGAGAAUUUAGUGAAACUUGCAUUUAAGAAGAAUGCUAUUAAAACAGUUUAUACUUUUCAUUUUAAUAAUACUGUUGACUUUUUAGAUGGGGAAUGGCAUAAUAUAAUGUAUGGUAUACAUAAUUUAAAACAUGAAGAUUCAAGUAUAGAUUGUUGGAUUGACUGUACAAAACAAAGUUAUAAUCAUUUAACUCGUGAAACAUUUACAGAAAAGGAUUUAUCAUAUUUUAUUAAAAAUGUUACAUUAUCUAUUGGAGAAUUACAUGGUUCACACAAAAAUGAAUCCGUUCCUAUUGAAAUAUCCAAAAUGAGGUUUCAUGGAUACCCAAGGAUGCCAAUAUUUGCACGCUGUGAAGAUAUCGGUAAAAAUGUAAUCCAGGAAGAAUCUAAAAUAAAAUUAACAAAAGUGCAUAUUUAUCAAACUAACAAUAAAACUGAAUUACAUUAUGAUUCGGAUGAGGAGCAAAGUUUAAGUGAAGAAAGUUUUGAAUCAUUAUCAGAUUCUAGUUCAUCAAUAGAAGAUUAUAGUAGGCAUAAGGAAGAAGUUAAUCCAGUUUCAUCAAUAUUUGGUUUUAUAUUAUUCGUUUGUUUUAUUAGUGUUACAGCAUUUUUAUUAAAAAAAUAUUAUUAGUUUCAUGUUUUUUUUUUCAAACUCACAAAAUUUAAAAUCUUAAAUUAAAUAAUCAUUCAUGUUUUAAAAAAAUUACCGUAAGAAAUAUGUGAUACAAUCAGUAAAAUUACAAUAAUAUUUAAAAAAAAAGUGAAAAAAUAAAAUUGUGACUCUUUUUUAACCAAGUAA